AGGCUCCCUGAGACAGUAAAUGAUUCCAUCCAUUCAGUUGGUGGGAUUUAAUAUGGAAACUGUGUAGGAAAUUAAAAAAAAAAAAAAAAAAAAAGGCAUGAUGAGGCCAAGAACCCUGACCUGGUUAUGAGCUGAUCAGUGGAGUGACAGCUGAGGCUUUGCUCUGUUUGUCUUAAAGGGGUUUUAUUUCUCAAUUCCCGGGUGCCUGGAGCCAGCAGCACAGCAGGAUAAUCACACAGCACCGGGAAUGCAGGACCCAUUAAUGAGCACCUGGCCCUGGCAGCUGAUGGGGAGGACGCCGAGCUCCUGAUAAGAGUCUCCGCCUCGGGGAUCCCUCCAGCACAGCUCAGCGCUUGGGAGGCAUCUGCAGAGGAGGAUUUUUACUGCUCUGUCAGAGGAGCAAACGAGGAGCAGAAAAGCAGCUAAAUCCACACUGAGACAAUUGUUCCUUGGGAACCAACCAUUACCUAAGGGAUGAUUUUUGAUGCAGGAUUUUCAUUAAAAAGCAUAAAUCACCUGCAGCUCCAGAGGGGUCCUAAGGCAAAAGCCUUUGUGGGAACUGGGGAACAAAAGGUUUCCUGGGAUUUAUGCAGAUGGAGCUUUGUGCAGCGGGGCUGAACACGGGGACCUGCAGUGGCCCUGUGAAGUGUGUCCCCAGCCAGGUGUGGCCCUGCCCCAUGUCUCCCUUCCAGGAGUGCUGCCUGCCAGGGUUGCAGUGCCCCGAGCCCUUUGCUGUGACCUGCAAUGAGACCUGUGUGAUCCAGUACCCCGACACCGUGGUGGACAUCGUGGAGCCCCACCAGCCCCCCUACUCCCUGAUCUACCCCGGGCCCAGGCUCACCACCUUCCCCCAGCAAACCAUCGUGGGAUCCACCGUCCUGGACGUCAGGAGCUUCCUUGGAGCCAGGGGAGCCCUGGGGUUUAGGGAACUUGCAGGCCAACCCAAACCCACCACGGAUAUCUGUGGAUAGACUGAAAAGCAGGACUGAGCACUAAAGAGCCCGACUAAGUUUAUGGAUAAUGGAUUAGAGAAGUGCUGAGCUCCCGAGGUUCCCAGUGGAGUCAAUAAAUCCAUGGCUUCCUGGCACUAGACCUGCCCGAGGACUAGAAUUUCCAAACUCCAAGAAACUGAAAUUUCACCACUGACCUGGUUCAAAAUUAGGAUGAAAUAAACCCCCGAAUUUUCCGAGAAACCAGAUUUUCUAAAAAAAAAAAAAAAAAUCUUUAUUUUUUUCUUGGUUUGGUAAAACUGUGUGUCAAUAAAUUCAUUUUUAUGCCAACAUUGAUGUUCUAUUAUCAAUUUAUCUCCAAAUAAAAAGUAUAAAAUAGAUCAAAAGAGUAGGUCUGAAAAUCUUGGGUUCCAAAAUGAAAUUUUAUCUAAAUUCAUAUUCAUUUGUAAAUUUUACUGAACCAGCAUUGAAAAACAAACAAACAAAAAAAAAGCAGCUCUACUUGGCAUUUCUUAAAAUUAGGUCUUUGUAAGUCUUUCUUUUGCUUUAUUUCUGCUUAGACCCACAAUGUAAUGCUUUCCCAGCUUCUUUUUCUGCCUAUAUCUCAUUGGAUACAAGCCAGGGCAAACCCAAAAAUAUUAAGCACUUGUAAUUGCAGAUUUUUUUUACCAAAUCCUUCUGACCAAAGAAGAGCAAAAUCAUGGAACUGGGGAUUCAUUGUGGACCCUCCUGAAGUCCUGAAAGUCUUUGAUUAUAUCCAGAGAGUUUUGCUCGUGUAUAUUCAGCUUCUCAUUCCCAUUAAAUUCUGUCU